GAACUUGACAAUUUUUUUUUUAUUUAUUUAUUAUAUUUGUCUACAUAUAGAAACAACGCAUACCAAAUAUCAACCCUCAAAUCGCAAUAUUUAAUUUACAAUGCACAUUUAAAGUUGUGAUCACCAGCUAUCCAUUUUAAAUAACAGGAAGAGCGCUGUGACGUCACGGCGCUCGUUCCAGGACAAGAGAACAACGAACUGGCAACACUGUUGCCACAAACUGUCAACUGUAAAAACUGUGUUUUGAAGGUUAGAUUUUGUUCGGAGUUCGGUGAUAAUUUAUUUUUGCUUUUUAUUAUCUGUGCUUUAAUAAUAUUAUUAAUAAUAAUGGAAGCAACACAAAAUCAAUAUUACAAAUAUUGUAUCGUUCACUUGUGUUCCAAUACCACUUAUAAAACACCCGGAAAGUUAUUUAUUCGUGUGCCUAAAGAUCAAAAACGUCGUUUAAAAUGGUUAAAGGCAUGCAGAAAAAAUGAGAAAGAUAUUUCACAGAAAACUACAGCCCAUGUAUGUGAGGAUCAUUUUAAUCUUGAAGAAGACAUUGAUAACUAUGUUAAAUACAAGUUAAUGGGUGGUCCAAAAAAAAUGAAACCAAAUGUAGUGCCUCAUAUAUUUGAUUGCCAGCAAAGUAGAAAAAGAUCUUUUGAAAAUCAUCCCAGGGCAGCAGGUACUAAGAGAACUGCAAAAAGAAUUGUUGAUGAAGCUAUUUCUUUGGUGCCACAAGAUCCAGUUUGUAUUCAGGAGAAUUUGGGCAUAGUUGCAUGUAGUAGUAAGACCAUUCACCCUAUGGAAAUUCAGCUGGAAACAAAAAAUGACAUUGAAGUUUCAAAAAGGGAUGUCUCUUCACAAACCCGUCCUAGUGUUAGGACUAAAGGUGUUCAAUGUAACCUACAUUGUGGAAUUACAGUAGCGUUAUCGCCAAUCAGAAUUAUUCCAGACAACAUAGAGAUGAAGCCAUCAACGAGUUAUGUGACAAAUAUUUCUGAAACUACUCUAAGCAUACAAAGUAGUGGUCAUGAAAAUUUUAGUGAAAGUGUUAGUGGAAGUAGUGAGUAUACUUUAACGCCUGGUGAAGUGAAAAAACUUAAUGAUGAAAAGAGAACUGAAUUUAAAAAUCUGACAAUGAAUUGUACAAUUACAAAGUUACAAAACAGACCUAGAUUGUAUAUGGGAUUACCAGAACAUGCAUACUACACAUUUCAAUUGCUAGAAAAAUAUUGCACGGUAAAUUCUAUGUAUAUAUUUUUAACACUAAAAAAAAUCAGGACUGGACUUUCUUUUUUAGCUCUAGCAGAUGAUUUUGGCAUAACUGAAAGUUAUGCUUCAAAAAUAUUUUCGAAAUCUGUUCCAAUUAUAAGUAAAUAUUUAAGAAAAUGUAUAAUACAACCUCAGGUUUCAUUCGUGAAAUCAAAUUUACCUAUAGCUUUUCGAGCUCGAUAUUGUAAUAUUUACUGUAUAAUUGAUUGUUUAGAAAUAGAGAUAGAGAAACCAACUGAUGCAGUGAAACAAUCUUUAACAUGGUCAGAAUAUAAAAAAUGUAAUACACUUAAAUAUUUAAUAUGUUGCACUCCUGAUGGUAUCAUAAAUUAUAUAUCGACAGCAUUUGGGGGUCGUACAUCUGAUGCUAUCAUUGCAGAACAUAGUGGUUUUUUAAAUAUUUUACCUUCAAAUGUUGCUGUUAUGGCAGAUAGGGGAUUUAAACAUAUUGACCAUUUACUUAGGUCUAAAGGUUGUGUACUAAUCAGGCCACCGAGUGUCUCUGUAGGUACAAAACCUAGUAAAGAUGAGGUAUUUGAGACCAAACGAAUAGCUAGCUUGAGAAUUCAUGUAGAAAGAGUUAUUCGUAGAUUGAGAGAAUUUUCAUUUUUAGCACCACAUGCAUGUAUUGAUAAUAAAUUGUUGUGUUAUUCAGAUAAUAUUAUCAAAAUAGUGUGUGGAUUAAUCAACUUGCAAUCAGGAAUAAUUUCAGGACGGUAACUUUUUGUAGGUUUUACUUUUAUACUUUGUAGGUAGUUAUUUAGUUUUAGAAAAAAAUUUUAGAAUAUUUUUAAGAAAAUGGUUGGUAAAAACCUGAUAUUUCAUAUUAUUACUAUUUCACUAUUUGCAAUAUAUUAUUAUUAUCUGAUCUUAUACAAUUCUAAUGCGACAAGCCAUGCAGUUUCCCAGGACAGUACCUAACUUUUUAUAACGGGAUAAUUUUAUUAUACAGGGUGUAACAAAAAUACAGGUCAUAAAUUUAAUCACAUAUUCUGGGACCAAAAAUAGUUCUAUUGAACCUAACUUACCUUAGUACAAAUGUGCACGGAAAAAAGUUACAGACCUUUGAAGUUACAAAAAUCGAAUUUUUCCAAUAUAUAGAAAACUAUUAGAGAUUUUUUAUUGAAAAUGUACAUGUGGUAUUAAGUAUUAUGGCAGUAGUAUUUUAAGAAAAAAUUAUAAUGAAAUUUUAACACUCCAUAAAAUUUUUAUGGGAGUUUGGUUACUUUAAACCCCCCCCCCCCCCACUUUUGUGUACGUGUAUUUAAAUAUUAUUGUAGUGCCAUUAGUUAAACACAAGUUUUUAAAAACUUUUUUGAUUCUUAGUAUUUUUUCCAAAAGUCAGUUUUUAUCGAGAUAGUUCAAUAUUUGUCAAAUCCACCACAUAUUUGUAUGGUAAAGUACGAUUAUGGAGACUUGGUAAUAAUAUGAAAAUUUAUUUAUGAUUUACAUUUUUUGUAUAUUUUGAACCAUAUUAAAAAAGAAGCCACAUCUCGAUAAAAGAUGCUUUAUCAAAAAAAUACAAAGAGGCAAAAAAGUUUUAAAAACACUGUGUUUAAUUAAUGAUACCGCAGUAAUAGUUUAAUUGGAACGUACACAAACAUUUGGGGGGUUUAAAGGAACAAAACCCUCAUAAAAUUUUUAUGUAAACAUAUUAAAAAAGAAGCCUCAACUCGACAAAAACUGCCUUAUCGAAAAAAUACUAAGAGGUAAAAAAGUUUUAAAAACAUUGAAUUUAACUAAUGGGAUCACAAUAAUAAUAAUAUAUUUGGAACGUACACAAAAGUUUGGGGGGGUUUAAGGGAACAAAACCCCCAUAAAAUUUUUAGGGGUGCACAAAUUUCACUAUAAUUUUUCUUUAAGAUGUUCUUUCCAUAAUAAUGCCACGUGUCCAUUUUCAACAAAAAAUCUCUAAUAGUUUUCGAUAUAUUCAAAAAAAUCAAUUUUCAUUUUGUAACUUCAAAGGGCUGUAACUUCUUUUGUGUGCAUGCUUGCACUAAGGUAUGUUAGGUUCAUUUGAACUAUUUUUGGUCCCAGAAUAUGUGGUUUAAUUUAUGACCUGUAUUUUUGUUACACCCUGUAUAUAUUUUAAACAAACUACAUAUGUAGGAAAGUAAUGUAAAAUAUUUUUUUCUAUUCUCAUACUAUACUAUAAUAAGUAUAAUAUAUCAAUUAUGAUUUCACUACCAGCAUCAUAGUGAACUUCAUUAUGAUAGUGAAAUCUACCUAUCCACUACCUAGUGAAGGUAGUGAAAUAAUAUAUAAUAAACUUCAUUAGGAUACAGAUUUUUAACCAAUAGAAUCGCGAUAUGGCAUUUGAGAUGAAGGUGUCACACACGCAGUUACCAAUGGCGAGUCAAAUACAUACUCUUUGGCAGUUCUCAAUAUGUAAACAAACUGACAAACUACUUAAUUUGUUUGCGUUACAAAAUUAAUAAAUUUGAAUAUAUUAUUUGUAGUGAAUGAUAAUAAUAAAAAAAAUUGUGUAUACGACUUGCAUUUAAUUAUCAUUAUGAAGCUCAUACUCUAUACGAAACUUGCCGCUAGGCAGCUCGUUUGAUAUCCCUCAUACUCACUUUAUAAUGACCAUCAUUAAAUGCUCGUUGCAUAAUAUACUAUGUAUUAAAAUCGAAUACACUAAUUUUAUUAAAAUUUAAUAGUAAUUUUUGAUAUAAGCAUUAAAAAUACUUAUCAACAUGUCUUUAUGCACAAGAAAUCCACAACUACAAACUUACUAUCUUAUGAAACAUCUAUUAUCAGAGAUCUGGAAAGAAAAUGUCCGGUAGAUUGUAUAUACACAGAAUUUUCAAAAGCCUUUGAUAGGAUUGAACACUACUUACUGUUACAUAAACUUAAGGUAUAUGGUUUCAACAAUCAGCUUUUAAAGUGGUUUGCUAGCAAUUUAAUAGGUCGCACACAAAAAGUCAAACUGGGUUCAUUUAUGUAAGAUGCAAUACAAAUAAAAUCUAGAGUUCCACAAGGUGCUCAUUGCUCGCCCCUUCUGUUCAAUCGAUUUGUUAAUGAUAUAGGUGAAUGUUUUAAUCACUCUAAGUACUUGCUAUUUGCUGAUGAUUUAAAGAUGUACAGAUCUAUCAAAGAUCAUGAAGAUUGUAGUCUCCUUCAAAAUGAUCUCAAUAAUUUAGUUAAGUGGUGUAACAAAUACAGACUCUUUUUAAACAUUAAUAAAUGUCAUUUCAUUAGCUUCCACAAAGUUGCAAAAAAAUAUCAAUAUCAUCAUAUGUCAUCGACAGUAAGGCGCUCUCUUAUGUUAAAACAGUAAAGGAUUUAGGAGUAAUAUUCGAUGAAAACCUAACGUUUGUGGAUCACAUUAACUAUGUGACAGCAAAGGCUUCAAAAGUAUUGGAAUAUAUACUUCGCAGUUGUGCUGAUCUUUCCCUUAAUACAAUAAAGGCUGUUUACACAUCAUUGGCUAUAUCUCUAUUAGAAUUCUCCUCUAUUGUCUGGUCACCAUUUUAUAAUGUUCAUGUUGUUUGUCUCUAGAGAGUUCAAAAUAAGUUGUUAAGAUUUGUAGCGUACAGAUUGGGAUAUAAUGUUAUUGAACUAAACCAACCACAACUAUACCAUCAUCCGUAGUGAUCUCAAUUUGCACUCCUUAAAAGACUGUAGAAUUAUAAAUGAUCUAGCUUUUAUUUAUAAACUAUUAAAUAGUGAAAUCAAUUGCCCUGAUUUAUUAAAAUUAAUAAACUUUAAUAUUCCAAACCAUGAUCUGAGCAAUAAUAACUUUUUUUUUAAUGGCAUAGACUUUAUGUCAUUCAGCCAGUCACAACAUGAGUAUUAGUGUCAUGUGUAGUGUGUAUGUUGAGUAAGUGUCUUGUUACUUUGCAAAGUCGACGUCAUUGUCUUUGCAAAGAGACGCUAAUUGUACCCGAACGUCUGCGGACCCUCCCGUGAGUACCGAUCCCUCAAGGACAGAAACUAUAUUCAUUUAUUAAUUUACAAUAAAUGAAAAAUAUCUGACCCUGGCGGGAUUCGAACCCACAACCUUUCGGAUUUUUUUGAUCCAAAGGCAGGCGCUCUUACCACUGAGCCACGGAGGGGGUUAAAUAAUAACUUGUUACAUGUACCUCAUCAUUCAACAAACUAUGGUCUUAACUCACCAAUAGAUAGAACUUUGAGUCACCUGAAUGAUUUGGACAUCGAUUUAUUCUCUUCUUCCAGUACUUAGAGCAUUUAAAAACCGACUAAAAUCAAUUUUUCCAGUCAGCACUGGUUUAAUAUUAUAUUUUCAGUAGAUUUGUUAAUUUUUGCCAUGGACAAUGCUUUUGUAUUAUGUAAUUUAUUAACUUUUUAUUGUCUGUAGUUAGUUGAUGAAUGUCGGUUUAUAUUAUAUUUAUCAUUAUGCAUUGUCACUGCAUAGCGUGGAUUGUGUGUAUGUUAAAUUUAGUUUUAUUGUAAUGUACUUACUACAGUUUUAUGCUGUCACACUUUCAUUUAAUUCAUUUAAUUUAAUUUUUUGUUUUUUUCCUGUUUUACUAGACUUUACUACUAUGUACUACUUUUACUUCUACUUAUUGUUUAUAUAUGUAUAUUUUUUAUGAAAUUGGGGAAACCUGUAAAUAAAUAAAUAAAAGUACAAUUUUACGCAUGUACAUACAAACACGCAUGUGAAGGUUUGCAGAAUGAGCGAAGCGAAUUCUGCAAUUCACAUAAGUGCCUUAAAAAUGUACUUUUUAACACGUAAGUAUAUCAUACAAUAUUUUUUCUACAAACGUUAUAAAUUUAUAAAAUACAAUAUUUUUGUUAUUUGCUGAAACCAUGAAACCUAUGACCCGUAAAAGGUAGAAUUUGUUGUCUACACUCGAGGGGAAUGUCUAAAAAUUCUUAGCGAAAAUAUUAUACCGUUACAUAAACUUGUUUUUUCUACAAACGUGUUAAAAAUGCAAUAAUAUAGUUUACUCUUUCAAAUUGUGCAAGUUGUACUAUUAAUCAUAAAUAAAAUAUAAAUAUUUUGACGUUUCAAAAUUUGACAUUUCACUUUUAACUGCAGUGCUUUAAAAUUUUUAGUGCACCCAGUGCUUUAAAGUAGCAUUUUUAACGCUCCUAUGGAGUGCUAAAAAUUGCAUUUUUAACACGUUUUUAGAGGAAAUAAUUUAAAGCUUUAUUUAACUUUAUAUUUACUUGAUUUACAUGCAAGACAUUUAUUAUUCAAAAAAUUUAAUUUUUAAUUCUAUUGACUGCUUGUUACUCCUAAAAUUUUGAAAAAAAAAAUGAGAGAUGUAACUGUAGAUGGCAAUUGAUUGAAUCUCCCAUCGUAUGGCGAUAGGUAAAAUGACUAGUGCUGAAUAAAAUAUAAUCAAUAAAUGUAGUAAACGACAGUAACUUUGUGUGUGUGUAUGUGUGUGUGUGUGUGUGAAAAAAUGGCUUGAAUGCGUGUCCGUUAGCCACAGAUUUUUAUUUUAUUUUUACCUCUAUUUAUUAGUUUUGGUAUAUUUAUACGUACAUAUUUCACUUAAAUGACAUAUUUGUUUCUUUCAAGUAGUUUAUGAGCAAUUUAAAUAUUUCCAUUUUAUGACAACUUAGUAGAUAUUCUAUACUAAUUUGAAAAUGAACUUGUGCUUGUUGUAAAUUAUAAUAUAAUUUAUUUAUAUAUCUCUCGUUAAUUGUGCAUUGCAAGAAAAUAUGGUUUAAAUCUCUAAUCGAAACAUUAUCACAAAAACAGACUGAUGAAUUAACUAUUCCUAAUUUGUGCAGAUGUGCCUCAUAUUUUCCGUGCCGAGUUUUUAAUCUGACGAUAGUAGAAAUAUCUUGCUUUGGCAGGUUAUAUUUAAAUAUGUAUUCAGGUGGCGGAGGAAGUUCUUGAUGUAAAUAAAAAUAUAAAUUUUUUGACAUACUUGUAAUAUUUUUCCAUUCUUUUUUCCAUAUUUUAUUUAUUCUAACUUUGACGUCAUUUAUUGCAUCUGUCGAUAAGCUGUGAGUUAGUAUCUCACCUUUUUUUAUUGCAUCUUUGGCCAACUCAUCCACUUUCUCAUUACCCAGUAUACCGGCAUGCCCUUUUGCCCAUAUAAAUACUACUUUAGACAAAUAAUUUUUUAUAUUACAUAAAAUUUUUGAUUUGUAUGAACUAAAAUCAGUAUUUUCAAUUGCAUAUAUUGCAGAUCUGGAGUCUGUUAUUAUCACAGCUUUUUCAAUAUCAUUCUCUUUGAUCCAUUCUAGAGCUUUUUCGAUGGCUAUAAUCUCAGCUGUAAAAAUACUACUAAUACUAGAUAAUUUGUAAUUAUUAUGUUGAUGGGUAUUUUGCACAUACAUAGCACACCCUACUCCUGUUUGAUUUUUAGGACCGUCUGUGUAAAUUACUGUGUAAUCCACAAAGUCGCUCAGUAUAGAUUUUACUAAAAUAUUAUUUAAAUGAUUUGAUUCUGUAUAUUUAGGAAUUAUGAUUCUUGGUUUUUUAUCAAAGUUUUAUACGGAAAUUUAUAAAUUGGUACUAAUUUACUGUUGUGUAAAUCUGUAGAAUUACUGGUUUCAACGAAUGCAUCUAUUACUGGUGGUGAAUUUUUUAUUCUCCAAUAUUUGCUAGUUAAGUUUUCCAUGUUUAAUAAAGCCAAAUUUGUUAGAAGGUCUGACUCAGUGUUUCUUAGCUUUAUGCAGUAUUUUUGAGCUAAAAAUUGUCUACGUAAAUUUAAUGUGAUUUCAUUACACUCCGCUAGCAUAACGUUUGUUGGAGUGGAUACCAUUGCACUUAACAUAAUAAUAUUCUCAAGCAUCUGUAUUGUAUCCUAUCUAAAAAUUUUAAGUUCGUAUUGCUUGCUGAUCCAUAUAUCCAACACCCAUAGUCCACGACUGACGGAAUACAAGCAUUGUAGAACAAUAAAGCUGUUUUGGGGUCUGCACCCCAUUUUCUGUUAGUAAUACACCUUAGUAUAUUUAUUUUUUUUUCACACUUACCUUUGAUGUAUUGAAUAUGUUUUGUCCACAGAAGUUUAUUAUCUAGUAGGUACUAUCCCUAGAUACUUAUACUGAUUCACCAUUGGUAUAGUACGCCCACUCGAGGUUACGUUUCCCGGUGCGCGCAACCUAUGCCUGGUGAAAAACAUAAUAUUGGAUUUUUCUGUGGACAUGGUCAUAUUAUUUUCAUUUGUCCAUUGUAUAAUAAUUUUAACUAUAUGCCUCAAUGACCAUAGACAGUCGUCGUAGGUUUUUUUGGUGGAGUAUAUACAGAUAUCAUCUGCAUAUUGUAAACAUUUAAUGUUUUCGUCAAACAAACUAUGAAUACUAGCAGAAUAUAAGUUGAAUAAUGUUGGACUUAAUACUGAACCCUGUGGCAGACCUUGAUUUACAAUUCUUGGUCCGUGUAGUAUAUUUCUAUGAUCUUUUAACCAUGCUGUACCUUUUUUAUUUUUAUACUUUGUAAGUAUAUAGUUGAAUGGGUCCGCCGAAUAACGUUGUAAGCACCACACCACUUGUUUUUAUUAAAUCGAAAAAUAAAUUUUAAAAUUAUAACAAUGACAAACUUAAACAUUUUAAGAGUUAGUAAUAAAGUUUGAAACUACAGAUUACAAACUGUAUUACUCACCCUUAAAAUAAUAAAUACUCACCCUUAAAAUAAAUAAAAUAAAUAAAUAAAAUGUAUAAACUCACCAUUAUCACAAAGACAGGCAAUGUGGCACUUACAACGUUAUUUCGGCGGACUCAUUCAGUUGUUUAGUUUAAAAAAAAUAUAUUUUUAAGGAAAUGGUUGGUAGGAACCUGAUAUUUCAUCUUACUACUAUUUCACUAUUUGCAAUAUACAGGGUGUAACGAAAAUACAGGUCACAAAUUUAAUCACAUAUCCUGGGACCAAAAAUAGUUCGAAUGAACCUAACUUACCUUAGUACAAAUGUGCAUAUAAAAAAAGUUACAACCCUUUGAAGUUACAAACUGAAAAUCGAUUGUUUCCAAUAUAUCGAAAACUAUUAAAGAUUUUUUAUUGAAAAUGGACAUAUGGCAUUCUUAUGACAGUAGCAUCUUAAGAAAAAAUUAUAGUGAAAUUUGGCCACCCUAUAAAAAUUUUAUGGGGAUUUAGUUCCUUUAAACCCCCCCCCCCCCCCCAAACUUUUGUGUACGUUCCAAUUAAAUUAUUAUUGUAGUACCAUUACUUAAACACAAUAUUUUUAAAACUUUUUUGGCUCUUAGUACUUUUUGGAAAAGUCAGUUUUUAUUGAGAUAUUUUGAAUAUUUGUCAAAUCCACCACAUAUUUGUAUAUGGUUAAGUACGAUUAUCGAGACUUGGUAAUAAUAUGAAAAUUUAUGUAUGAUUUACAUUUUUAGUUAUAUUUUGAACCGUCUAGAAACGAAGUCAUAUCUCGAUAAAAGGUGCCUUCUCGAAAAAAUACAAAGAGGCAAAAAAGUUUUAAAAACAUUGUAUUUAGCUAAUGGUACCCCAGUAAUAGUUUAAUUGGAGCGUACACAAACAUUUGGGGUGUUUAAAGGAACAAAACCCCCAUAAAGUUUUUAUGUAAACAUAUUAAAAAAGAAGCCGUAACUCGAUAAAAACUGCCUUAUCGAAAAAAUACUGAGCCAAAAAAGUUUUAAAAAUAUUAAAUUUAACUAAUGGUACCACAAUAAUAAUUUAAUUGGGACGUACAGAAAAGUUUGGGGGGGUUUAAGGGAGCAAAACCCCCAUAAAAAUUUUAUGGGGAGCACAAAUUUCACUAUAAUUUUUCUUUAAGGUGCUUCUACCAUAAGAAUGCUACAUAUCCAUUUUCCAUAGAAAAUCUCUAAUAGUUUUCGAUACAUUCGAAAAAAUCGAUUUUCAUUUUGUAACUUCGAAGGGCUAUAACUUUUUUUAUGUGCAUAUUUGUACUAAGGUAAGUUAGGUUCAUUCGAACUACUUUUGGUCCCAGAAUAUGUGAUUUAAUUUAUGACCUGUAUUUUUGUUACACCCUGUAUAUUAUGUUAAAUAUAAUAUAAACAAUAAAUGUAAAGUAACAUUUAUUUUGUUUUAUUUCACAAUUAUACCAGAUUCCCAAAUGCAUCUAUCUAGGGAUUGGUCAAGGUCAAACACAGUAAAAGUAAUUUAAUAAAAACAAAUCAAACUAAUAUCGUAGUGCAAGUGGUUUUAUUAAUCAUAAAUUAAUUAUAGGUAUAUACCUAAAUUAUACUUUAUAUAUUUAUAUGUAUAUACAGCACAACCAGAUUCACAUUGUAUUUGUGAUUUGGAUGUGCACUGUUGUUGACUUUCGGUUUUUCCAUAUUUUCUGAAUUUUAUUUUGGUACCGUGCAGGCAUUUUACUUGGCGAGACGUUACAAAAAUAAAAUUUAAAAAAAAUUUGGAAAAACCGAAUGUUAACACCAGUUUGCAUCCAAAUCUUAAAUGCAAAGUGAAACUGGUCGUGCUGUAUAUAAAUAUAUUAUCAUUUUUUGAAUGAGUUACAUAAAUGUGUAAAUAUAUUAUAUUGCCAGAAGUUUUCGGCAGCAUCCAUUAAGGUGGUAUGACACAAUGUUAAAAUUUAUAUAGUUUUUAGGUACAGUUACCGUCACUAUUUCAAAACCAAUCUUCAACUUAGGGGUAUGUACGUGAACUGUAGACUUUCUAUUUUAAUAGUAUCUAGUUAAAAUUUCCAAAGAAAGCAGUAUAUUUUUUAUAACUGUACUUAAAGGAGUCCAUGUCAUAACUUACUUAGUAACUUGCUAUAAAAAUUCGUUUUGCAUAAUAAUUUUUGAACUUGGGUGCAAAAUAACUACCAGAAACGAUUAACUAUGCAAAAAGCUUUAUUUUAAACAAAAUUUCAUUGUCCAUACUGCCAUAAUUUUUAAAUUAACUGUACCUAAAAGUAAAAAUUUUAGUUAAAAGCUGCAAUCUGGGGAUUUUGUUGAAAUUACAGCAAUAAGUUGGCAUUUUUCUAGUGAUAAAUUAGUUCCGCUGUCACUUAAUAGAUGAGAAGAUGAGUUCACGUGUCAUUUAGUAGAUGGCAGCAGUGAUGUAUUAAAUGGAGACAGAUGCGCGUUUGCCGGAUUUUAAGAAAAUCUACAAACAAUUGAAAACGAGUUUUGUAACCACGGAAAUACGAUGAAUCACGCGGUUUUGUUUAGAAAAGUGGCCCCACCCCCUCCCAGUACGCAUUUUGGACCUUGUUUGACUUUCACUUUCAAUCAUGAUUGUAUAACGUCACAGUGUCUUAACAAUACAAAUAUACAUUUUUUAUGCUUGAAACCGUGACGUUAUACGAAUGGUUGAAAGUUAAACGAGGUUCAAAAUGACUCCAAAGUGUUUACUGGGGGAUUAUACUAGUUUUGACAUAAUACAUAAAUAACAUCAGUAAGUUCUAGUAUGUUAUGUGGGGCGGAUCUAAAAACAAUUUCAGUUUUAUUCACUUGCAAAUUUAAUUUCUGGCAAAUUUAAUUUUUAUAGGGCCGAAAAUAAUGCAUUGUUCGGAUACAAUUAGCGUCUCUUUGUAAAGACGAUGACGUCGACAUUUUUACACACAUUACACAUGCCAAUGGCCAUUAGUAUUUGUUGAGGCAUUAUCCUAAUAAAAAAAUUGUAGACAAAACAAUAUUGUAUAAUCAUUGAUUAAUUUAUGUCAAAUAUUUCCGUAAGUGAAAAAAAAUAUUUAAAUUUACUGGAGUAAUAAUUAGAUAAACCGAUAUGCAGACGAUACAGUUGUGGUUGCUAGCAGUAUCGACAGGCCUGUCAUACCCGGGUACCUACAAAGAGCGAGUGAAAAAAGAGAUUUUAACCAUCAACAUAAAUAAAACAAAAAUGGACACUGGUGAGCAAAACUCAAAAACCUGCCAGACAAUUGAAAAUAAAAAACCAAUUCAACACGUAGAAGUAUAUGUAUACCUUGGAACAGUCGUCAACUAGAAAUGGGAUCAAACAACCGAAAUACGAUGUAGAAUUGAAAAGGCCAGAGCUACAUUUAACAUGAGAAAUAUAUUCAAUCAUUGCGACAUAUCUGUCCCACUAAAAAUACGGCUGCUAAAAUGCUAUGUAUUUCCAGUCUUGUUGUAUGGAGCAGAGACCUGGACAAUAACGGAAACAUUAUCGAAAAGGCUAGAGGUAUUCGAAAUGUGGGUGUACCGACUUAUCCUCAAAAUGUCCUGGACGACUCACAUUACCAACGUAGAGGUAUUGCGCUGAGGAGAAAACAAAAAUGAGAAAUCUGUUUCACAAUAGAAACGGAAACCUGAAUACCUCGAUCAUAUUAUGAGACAUGAUAAAUAUCGUAUACUGCCACUGACAAUACAGAGUAAAAUAGAGAGCAAACGUGGACCCAGAAGAAGAAGACACUCAUGACUUCAAAACUUACGCCAAUGGUUUGGACUAACGUGCCAAUGUCCGCAACGGACGAGGCACAUGAAGAAGAAGAAGAAGAAUUUAAAAUGAGAUAUUCUUCUCACGGUGCUUAUUCGUUCCGAAUGUUGGCGAUCAGCAUGGCUAUCCUAACUUUGCAUGUUGCUAUUCGGAAUAGUCUGUUUGUCGAUGUAGGUAUUGAACCAGUUUCUCAGAUAUAUUCUUCUUCUCCCUGGUCCUCUCUUCCCAAUACCUUGCCCUGAAGAAUGAGUAGCGGCAAUCUCUAUUCAUUCCUCAUAACAUGGCCAAGAUAUUCUACUUUGCGCUCUUUGAUAAUAAUGUGUGUUAAUAAUCUCGCAUUCCUUGCCCAUUCUACGUAAGACCUCAACAUUAGUCACACGACCCAUCCACGAAAUUCUUAAAAUGCGACUGUAUAUACCACAUCUUGAAUGCCUUGAGUUUUCUUAAAGAAGUUUCGGAAAGAGUCCAGGCUUCUACUCAGUAUAAUAAUCUAGAAAAUACAUAGGAUCUGAUAAUAGAAAUUUUGUUAACAAGUGGUAAAUG